CCAGUUUUCUUCUACAGGAUGGUUCAGAAGAACAUCAAAGCAUUCCAUAUGAUGAGCAGAUAGAUGGAAAUAAGCUUUUAAAUCUGGGUAAAGAUCUGAACAAUAUUAAGGCUGAAGAUACAUAUGUGAGGGGUGAUGAGCAGAUCAUAGAGGACAUUCCCACCGAUAACCACCCAGGUUCCUACAAUAUAGGAUCCGCUCAGCGUAUAUCUCCUAUAUAAGAUCAUUCUCCUGAUUGACCCUUCAAGGAUGGAUAGGGAUGAGGACAAGAUAGCAGAGAGUAUAAUAAAUCUCACCCUAGAGAUCCUCCUCCGGCUUACUGGAGAGGAAUACACAGUAGUGAAGAAGACCUCUAGUGAGCGCUGUCAGGCCCCGGUAUCUGAAGGACGGGGAGGAAUCCUGAGCCCAAUAUCCAGGCCGACACCUCACAUCCCGAUACAUGAGAAAGUCAACAGACAGAGGAUCCUAGAACUCGCCAACAAGAUUAAUGAGCUGCUGACUGGAGAGGUUCCUAUAAGGUGUCAGGAUGUCGCCGUCUAUUUCUCCAUGGAGGAGUCUGAAUAUUUAGAAGGACACAAAGAUCUGUACAAGAACAUCAUGAUGGAGGAUAACCAGCCACCAAUUAAAGAAGAGAGAACAACUCCCAGUCCUCUGCUUCUACAGGAUGAGAGAUGUCCCAGUCCUCUUCUACAGGAUGUGAGAUGUCCCAGUCCUCUUCUUCUACAGGAUGGUUCAGAAGAACAUCAAAGCAUUCCAUAUGAUGAUCAGAUAGAUGGAAAUAAGCUUUUAAAUCUGGGUAAAGAUCUGAACAAUAUUAAGGCUGAAGAUACAUAUGUGAGGGGCGAUGAGCAGAUCAUAGAGGACAUUCCCACCGAUAACCACCCAGAUGACUGUACCAGGAGCUCAGACAAACAUUUGAUGUUGGAUUUUAGAACAGAUGAGUGUGGUGUCACAGAAGAUACACAUGAAGAGCAUGCCAUUAUCUCAGAAAUAUCCUCAGCCUUUCACAGCAAAGAUCUAUUAUCUGAUCCUUUGGAUGGAUUUCCAUCUUCUGAUUCAUCACAGACUGUUAAGCAAAAUAUAAGACACAGAAGAAGUUUUCAACAUCAAAGAAGUCACACAGGGGAGAAUGCUCUUUCAUGCUCAGAAUGUGGGAAACAUUUUAACUCUAAAUCACAUCUUGUUAGACAUAAGAGAAUUCACACAGGGGAGAAGCCAUUUUCAUGUUCAGAAUGUGAAAAACAUUUUAACUCUAAAUCACAUCUUGUUAGACAUAAGAGAAUUCACACAGGGGAGAAGCCAUUUCCAUGUUCAGAAUGUGAAAAGCAUUUUAACUGUAAAUCAGAACUCAUCAGACAUCAAAGAAUUCACACAGGGGAGAAGCCAUUUUCUUGUUUAGAAUGUGGGGAAUGUUUUAACCAAAAAUCAUGUCUUGUUAUACAUGAGAGAACUCACACAGGGGAGAAGCUAUUUUUAUGUUCAGAAUGUGGGAAAUGUUUUCAGCAGAAAUCAUGUCUUCUUAACCAUCAGAGAAUUCACACAGGGGAGAAGCCAUUUUCAUGUUUAGAAUGUGAAAAAUAUUUUAACUGUAAAUCACAUCUUCUUAGACAUCAGAGAACUCACACAGGGGAGAAGCCAUUUUCAUGUUCAGAAUGUGAAAAGCAUUUUAACCGUAAAUCAAGUCUUGUUAUACAUGAGAGAACUCACACAGGGGAGAAGCCAUUUUUAUGUUCAGAAUGUGGGAAAUGUUUUCAGCAGAAAUCAUAUCUUUUUAACCAUCAGAGAAUUCACACAGGGGAGAAGCCAUUUUCUUGUUCAAAAUGUGGGAAAUGUUUUCAGCAGAAAUCGCAUCUUCUUAACCAUCAGAUAAUUCACACAGGGGAGAAGCCAUUUUCAUGUUUAGAAUGUGAAAAAUAUUUUAGCCGGAAAUCACAUCUUGUUAGACAUGAGAGAAUUCACACAGGGGAGAAGCCAUUUUCUUGUUCAGAAUGUGGGAAAUGUUUUCAACAGAAAUCAUAUCUUCUUAACCAUCAGAAAAUUCACACUGGAGAGAAGCCAUUUUCUUGUUUAGAAUGUGGGAAAUCUUUUCCACAGAAAUCAGAUCUCGUUAAACAUGAGAGAAUUCACACUGGAAUAAAGUGA